ACCUUAGUGAUAGUGUGUGUGUGUUAAGUGUUAUUGUGUGUCGGGAUCGCGCGCCCCUUCUGUCGUGCACGCGCGCGUGUUUUCUCUCGUGGAGGUUUUUCAGGAACUGUAGGGAAAGCAGGACAAACUCUGAAACUGCGCCUUCUCGAGCGCUGCGUUUGACGCGCGGCCCGCGGUUUCUGGCGGGUCACUGGACUUUAUUCGGGAGUGCAUCGGUUGGUCUCGUGAUGGCCGGUGCUUGUCCGGUUCCACCGCUGUGGUAUCACCGGGAUCUGAGUCGCGCGGCGGCGGAGGAGUUGCUGGCGCGCGCGGGGCGCGAUGGGAGUUUCCUGGUGCGGGACAGCGAGAGCGUGAGCGGCGCGUACGCGCUCUGCGUGCUGUUUCAGAAACACGUGCACACAUACAGGAUUUUACCUGAUGAAGAAAACUUUCUGGCUGUACAGACGUCUCAGGGAGUUCAGCCCAAACGUUUUCAGACUCUUCCUGAGUUAAUUCAGCUGUAUCUUCAGCCCAGUCAAGGCCUGGUGACCACAUUACUGUUUCCAGUGGAAAGAGAAGAAACCACAGAGGAGAAAGAUUACUCUGAUGGUGAAGAUGAGAAGCCUCCUCUUCCUCCCCGCACUGCUUCUUCUGCUGGCAGUCCUUCAGGCUCCGCCCUCACCUGUCUGGACACUCCCACUGAAAAUGUAACAGGGUCAAAUGGUUUGAGUACAGUGUCUCAUGAGUAUCUGAAGGGAAGUUACGCUUUGGAUCUUGAAGCUGUUAAACAGGGUGCAAACAAUCUGCCACAUCUCAACAAAACACUCGUGACAUCCUGCAAGCGUCUGCACGGAGAGGUGGAUAAGGUUUUAUGUGGACUGGAGAUCUUGUCUAAAGUCUUUGAUCAACAGAGUGCCUCUAUGGUGUCCAGAAUGAUCCAGCAGUCAAUGUCUCAGGGUGGAGAUCAAGAGUUGGAGCAUCUCGUCACUAAACUGGCCAUCCUGAAAGAUCUGCUGUCCUCUAUAGAGAAGAAGGCUCUUAAAGCUCUUCAGGAUAUGAGUACAUCUGGCCCGCCCCUCUCACCUCUGGUGUCCAUCAGACACAACAAAACUAUACCAGUACAAACCUUUGAGGUGAAGUUGGAUGUGUAUCUGGCAGAUUUGACAAAGAUUGGUAAAAGUCAGAAAUAUUCACUUAGUGUGGACGUGGAGGAGGGAAAACUGGUCGUGAUGAAGAAGAUGAAAGAUGCUCAGGAAGACUGGAACACGUUUACGCAUGAUAAGAUUCGACAGCUGAUUAAGUCCCAGCGGGUCCAGAAUAAACUGGGAAUCGUCUUUGAAAAGGAAAAAGACAAAAGUCAGAGGAAAGACUUCAUCUUCGCCAGUGCAAAGAAAAGAGAAGCGUUCUGUCAAUUACUGCAACUGAUGAAGAACAAACAUUCCAAUCAGGAUGAGCCGGACAUGAUUUCUGUCUUCAUCGGAACAUGGAACAUGGGCAGUGUUCCUCCUCCUAAAGCCAUGGCUUCGUGGAUUUUGUCUCGGGGUUUGGGGAAAACUCUGGAUGAGAUGGCCAUCACGAUCCCUCACGACAUCUACGUGUUCGGCACUCAGGAGAACUCGGUGUGUGAUAAGGAAUGGGUGGAGAGUCUUCGCUGUGGGCUGAAGGAGAUUACAGAGAUCGACUACAAACCGAUCGCCAUCCAGACGCUGUGGAACAUUAAGAUUGUGGUGUUUGUAAAGUCAGAACAUGAGAACCGCAUUAGUCAUGUGGGAGUGUCCAGCGUCAAAACAGGAAUCGCCAAUACACUCGGAAAUAAAGGUGCAGUGGGCGUGUCCUUCAUGUUUAAUGGAACAUCAUUUGGUUUUGUGAACUGUCACCUGACGUCCGGCAAUGAAAAGAUUCACAGGAGGAACCAAAACUAUCUGGAUAUCCUGCGUCAGCUCUCGCUGGGUGACAAACAGCUGAACUCCUUUGACAUUUCUCUGAGGUUUACACAUCUCUUCUGGUUUGGUGAUCUUAACUAUCGGCUGGACAUGGACAUACAGGAAAUCCUCAACUACAUCAACAGGAAGGAAUUUGAGCCUUUGUUAAAGGUGGACCAGCUAAAUCUGGAGAAAGAGAAGAAUAAGGUCUUCCUUCGUUUCGCGGAGGAGGAGAUCACCUAUCCCCCCACGUAUCGAUACGAGCGAGGUUCACGUGACACAUACGUGUGGCAGAAGCAGAAAGCUACGGGUAUGCGGACGAACGUGCCGUCGUGGUGCGACAGGAUCCUCUGGAAAUCUUAUCCGGAGACUCAUAUAGUUUGCAACUCUUAUGGUUGUACAGAUGAUAUCGUAAGCAGUGAUCAUUCACCUGUGUUUGGUACGUUUGAGGUGGGCGUGACCUCACAGUUUGUAUCUAAGAAAGGACUGCCUAAAUCUUCAGAGCAAGCUUAUAUUGAGUUUGAGAAUAUUGAAGCUAUUGUUAAGACUGCCAGCAGAACCAAAUUCUUCAUUGAGUUUUACUCCACAUGUCUAGAAGAGUUUAAGAAGAGUUAUGAGAAUGACACACAGAGCAGUGACAACAUCAACUUCUUGCGUGUGGGUUGGUCAUCUAAGCAGCUGACGACACUGAAGCCCAUCCUAUCUGACAUUGAGUAUCUUCAGGACCAACAUCUUCUGCUCACUGUCAAAUCUCUAGAUGGUUACGAAUCCUACGGAGAGUGUGUAUUAGCUCUGAAGUCCAUGAUCGGCAGCACAGCACAACAGUUUCACACAUAUCUGUCUCACCGCGGAGAAGAGACGGGAAACAUCCGCGGAUCCAUGAGAGUCAGAGUCCCAUCAGAGCGCAUGGGCACAAGAGAACGUCUAUAUGAGUGGAUCAGUGUUGACAAAGACGAGACAUCAGUAUCAAAGGGCAGAAGUCUUCAUCCCAGACCAUCUCAUGAUUACGUCCACAGGAAAUUGGGGUCAGCUGAUCUCAGUAAAGUGCCUGAAGAAGGAGAUAAAAACAUCACAGCUCGACAUCCACACACACACUCCUGUAAAGACGACAACACACAGAGCAGAAACAAACAGGAUGCGUUUGAUGGCGGGGGAACUAAAAACAGCUUCAAUAAUCCCGCCUACUACAUUUUAGAAGGAGUUCCAAACCAAUCAGCAGCCCUGGCCUCUGACAUGCUCCCAGGCUCCGCCCACCCUCCAGUAUCCAGUAAGACGGCUCCUCCUGUGGGCGGCGUGGGGAAGAACAAGCCGCCCAGCGGAAGCUCCGCGCAGAGCCGCAGGCAGACGACCGGACGCCCGGUUCGACCCAUCAGCGAGGAGGGGUCCUCAGAAGACGACGGGAACAUCGGGACACACGUCGGGUCUCUGAAUCGCCCCCCUCCUGAUUUCCCUCCUCCUCCUCUGCCCAAAGGAGCUCUGGAGAUGACAGAAAACUCAUUCGGCAAACCACGAAUGUUUCCCGAUUUAGCAGACGUCAAAAUCCCACCUGCUUCUGCAGUUACGUCAAAGCCGCUGUCGUCUCCGAGCUUCGUAUCGCCGACUGGAGGAGGCGUGGCCUUCUGUAUGGACACACCAUCUGUGCUGAACUCGGGCCCCGCCCCGUUCCGUCGAGGAGGUGGGGCCUCAGGACUGGACGACCAAUCAUGUUCAGUGCUACAAAUGGCCAAAACCUUGAGCGAGGUGGAGUAUCCGUCAGGUCGUGAGCGUGGGUCUGGAGGUUCGGUUCUGAAGGUGGCAGCCGGACAACAUCUGCGAGGUCUCACCUUCCCUCCGCGCUCCAUACAAGAGGAGAGCAUCGCUGAAGAUCUACCUGAGGAGGGUUUGUGGCAUGCUGAGAGCAGUAGCAGUAGUCUCUCUGUGGACUGCAGUGUUGGUGAAUGGCUGCAGAAAUUAGGACUACAGAAUUAUGAAGAGGGUCUCCUGCACAACGGAUGGGACGAUCUUGAGUUCCUUAGUGACAUCACAGAGGAAGAUCUAGAGGAGGCGGGCGUUCAUGACCCCACUCAUAAACAGAUCCUGUUGACCAGCCUGAAGCAGCAGAAAUGAGUCUCGUCCAAACCGGACCAAACCAGAGCAGUCUGGUCUGAAGUGUUUUUCUAAGGGAAACAUUGCACUGGUGUCAUUUUACCUGAGAAAGUCCUUUUAAUUUCAUUGGCUGGUAUAAUCUGGUCGUCCACAAUAUUUUGCAUCGUCACUAUGUUAAAAGGAUGUUUCACUACAAAACGCCACCCACAUCCUGAGAAUACUUCCUGGUUUUAGGUUUGGAGGAAGUGACAUCAUCAGAACAUUCCUCAGUUUUGCUUUGAAAGAUGACUGACAUGUUUAUUAUUGACAGCAGUUUGUUUUUUUGCAUGUUGAAAGAUUUUAAAGGGAAAAAGCCAAAAUCAGUCCUGACUGAUACACACAGAUAACUUGAAAGAGUUUUGUGUUUUGUGUGUGCAUGCACGUGUGUGUGUGUGUGAUGUUGAUUUCUUUUCAUUGUGUCAUUUGUACGAAACUGAGUUUCGCUGUAUAUCGUUGUGUUUUUGCUGUUAGAAAUCAUUCAUCAAUCUUCCUUUAGCUGCUUUUAUCUUUUCUAGUGACCUCUACCUUUAAAAUCUUCAUUUCAUAUCUGUCUGAAUGGAGCGGACAGUGAAUCUUUUAAUGUUUGUUUGGUAACCAGCAGGGGUCGCCGAUUGAUCAAUAAAGACUUCAGAUCUGACCAAUCCUCUCCUAAGUCUUCAUUUUCUUCAAGAGUUUUACAGAAACUUGCUGGAUUAAUAGUUAAACACUAGUCAAUAGUUAAACUCUUGGAGUUUUAGUUUCGUUAUGAGACGUCAGGGAGUUUCGAGGAGUUUGAGUUUACCUCAUGAUUUACCUGCAGCUCCUUUACUCUCUUGUUGGGUUUGUUUUCAUCAUUGACAGAAAUCAUAAUAACCGAGGUCUUAUUUAACAGUGUCUUUAAUAUUAUUAUGGGAUGUUUUCCUAAAAUGCAUGUUGAAGUUUCAAUUAUUAUAAAUAAUCUUUUUGUGUACAAAGUUUUAACUUUAUAUGUUUUUUGUUUGUCUUUAUGUAUUUCUUUGCUAUAAUAACCUUUUGAAUAUUUUGUUAACGCUGAACCUGUUUGUGUUAAUAUUUAACUGCUAAAUGACUUUGUGUUUAAAAAGUUAAUAAAAACUCAAAUCUAA